GCAGAGAGGUCAUGGGCAAGGCAGCUCUGAUCAGUAUGCUGCACUUGGUGUCUUUUGUCUUCUCUGUUUGGGUAUUUAUCCCUGCAUUUGGGCAGAACUGGUUAGGCUGCGAAACAGCCUUCACGGAUGCCUCUGGCUACCGGUGCAAUGGAAAUGGAUUGCAGGAUCACUGCAAGACAUUCGCAAUGCUUCGCACCAAUUCGUAUUACUCUUCCCUUUCCAAUCUGAGCCUUUACUUGGGAAUCAAUCGGCUUGCAAUCGCAGAAGCAAAUGGAUUCUCUGUUGAGACAGAGUUUCUUCCAAAAGACCAGCUUCUGUUGAUCCCAAUUGACUGUCGAUGCAAUGGGAGUUUCUUUGGGGCAGAGUUAACAAAAACUACAAUCAAAGGAGAAAGCUUCAAUGUCAUAGCUGAAUCACUGGAGGGCCUAACUACUUGCAGAGCCAUCCAAGAGAAGAACCCAAGUGUUCCAAAUUUUGGUUUAGGUGAUAAAGUUCAGUUGCUUAUACCAUUGAAGUGUGCUUGCCCAUCUUCAUCUGAGCUCAGCAAAGGAACAAAAUUUUUGGUAUCUUAUCCUGUUCGUGUCGAUGAUACAGUUUCGAACUUAGCCUCUGAGUUCAAUACUACUCCGGAAGCCGUUAUUUCAGCAAAUAACAGAUCAGUAAAAAGUUUUCAACCUGGAAGCCUUGUAUCAGUGUCUUCUCUUCUGAUCCCACUAUGCAAUAAGCCCACUUUCAAUCCCCUCGCAAAGCCCCGGGAACCAAACUCAGGGUUUCCAACACCCAACAUCCCAGUAAUUAGUCCUCACAAGAAGAAAUCAAAGAAGAGGAAGACUGGGAUUUAUGUUGCUCUUAUCGGUGUCGCAGUUGGAGCAGGCAUUGCCAUUGCAGCAGUAUUCUUAAUCAUCCAUUGGAAGAGGAAGAAGCAGAAUUCAUGGAAAACAGGAGAGAUGGACCUACAACAGCUUGGAUUGAGUGUGAGAACCACAAGUGACAAGAAAGUCUCAUUUGAGGCAUCCCAAGAUCAUCAUCUCAAUGGUCAGAUCAUGGACAGCACGCCACACAAAAUCCUGGUGGAGACAUACACUCUUUUGGAGCUGAAAAGAGCGACCGAGGACUUCAGUUCGACAAAUCACAUUGACGGAACCGUGUUCCACGGUCGCCUCAAUGGGCAGAACUUGGCGAUCAAGCGUGUGCCGCCCGAAAUUGUUCCGAAGAUCAACUUUAGGCUUUUCCAUGAUUCAGUUCACCACCACCCCAACAUAGUUAGGCUCUUGGGGACUUGUUUGAAUGAGGGUCCUGAUUCAUAUCUGGUUUUCGACUACGCCAAGAACGGAUCCUUGAAGGAUUGGCUUCACGGUGGAUUGGCAAUGAAGAGCCAGUUCAUUUCCUCUUGCUAUUGUUUCUUGACAUGGAGCCAAAGGCUGAGGAUCUGUCUAGAUGUGGCCUUGGUCUUACAGUUCAUGCACCACAUAAUGAACACAACUUAUGUUCAUAGAAACAUAAAAACCCGAAACAUCUUCCUCGAUGAAGAGUUCAAUGCAAAAGUUGGUAACUUUGGCAUGGCAAGAUGUGUCAAAGACAAUGCUGAAGAAGCAUGGUCUUGCUCAACCGAGUCUGCAUCUUGGGAUAUUGGGUAUUUGGCUCCUGAGAUUCAUCACCAAGGUAAAACUGCCCCGAGCAUCGACAUAUUUGCAUAUGGAGUGGUUUUGCUAGAAGUGUUAUCUGCUCAACCACCUAUAACCAAGGACAAUAUGAGCGGAGAAGGGGGUGUUUGGCUCCCUGAGAAAAUCAGGUCCAUCCUACAAUCAGAAAAUCCAGAAGAUCUGCGGGAAUGGAUGGACGAUGCAUUGGGCGAUAAUUACUCAAGUGAUGCAGCCAUUGCAUUGGCCAAUCUAGCAAAAGCCUGUGUAGAGAAAGACCCGUCUUCGAGACCAAGUGCGAGAGAAAUCGUCGAGAAGUUGUCUAGAUUGGUGGAAGAAUUGCCAGAAGUAGAGCACAGCUCAGUUUGUGAAAGCUCUUGUAAACCUUUAGUCAUCAAGGCAGCUGCAAACAGUAUGUGAGUGAUCCAUUUG